UUUGCAGGAGUAUAUGAAGCUGGCUGACGUCUAUAAGUUCUACAGCGACAUAUACAGCUCCGCACUGCCACCCCCCCCGCUUGCUGUGCCGCCUCCCCCACCUGCCAAUGAGGAGUAUGUGACGGUGGGACAGCUUAGGGAGAUGUAUGGCAGUUCGUUGGGAAUCUGCGCUGCUUCCCCGGGACCGGUCCCGGCCUCUCUGUCUCUCCCCGCUCCGAGCUUCCUGGCCGUCCAGCCUUCCUCCUCUUCACAGCUUGGCACCGAGCCAUCGCCGUCCAAUAGGACACUGACCUCGACACAGGAGCUAGAGCGAUGGUACCAGGAAAUCAUGGCUAGCUUUGAGGCCUCGUCCUCUUCACCUCCUCCUCUCCCAGCUAAAGCACACUCCACACGAAGGGCUUCACAGGUUUACCGAUCCAAACUGGAGAGCGAGGGGUGUGGGACUCUGCCUCGAACGAAGACUGGAUCUGCUCCCUCGUCCCCAUUCACUGCUUCCACGCUCGGACGCAACGCGGCAGCCAAGGGCUCGGCGCUGGCACAGAACGGCACGGGGAGUUUGCCACGGAAACUGGCGGCCACACUGCAGGACAUCGAAGCCAAACGGCAGCUGGCUCUGCAGCAGAAAGGACACCAGGUGAUUGAGGAGCAAAGGCGACGAUUGGCGGAUCUGAAGCAGAAGGCGGCGCUGGAGGCACAAUCGCAGUGGGAGGCCCUCCACCCACACCCACCGGAGCUCAUCCACCACAGCAUCCUCCACCACCACCCCCCGCCCUCCCAACACGCCGGCGACAUGGAACACGCCUUCGACACGCUGAGCCUGGAGAGCUCGGACAGCAUGGAGACCAGCAUCUCCACGGGCAACUCGGCGUGUUCCCCCGACAACAUGUCCAGUGCCAGUGGUGUUGACGUGACGAAGAUUGAGGAGAUGGAGAAGUUGCUGAAAGAGGCGCAGGCAGAGAAAGCUCGUUUGCUGGAGACACGGGAGCGGGAGAUGGAGUUCCGGCGUCACGCCUUUGAGGAGGAGAGGAAGCGACGGGAGGAACUGGAGAAGCGGCUUCAGGAGGAGACGGUGCACAGGCAGCAGCUGGUGGACAGAGAGGUGAAGAUGAGAGAGAAAAACUUCUCCCAGGCCCGACCUCUGACCCGCUACCUGCCCAUACGGAAAGAGGACUUCGACCUGCGGUCACACAUUGAGUCGUGCGGACACAACCUGGAGACCUGCUACCAGGUCAGCCUGACCGAGAGGAUGUGUAAGGGACACCUGACCAAAAUGGGCGGCAAAAUCAAAUCCUGGCGCAGACGCUGGUUCGUGUUCGACAGAAUGAAACGCACAUUAACUUACUUUGCCGAUAAACACGAGAUUAAGCUAAAGGGAGUGAUUUACUUCCAGGCUAUCGAGGAGGUUUAUUACGAUCAUCUCAGGAGCGCCUCGAAGAGCCCGAAUCCUGCGCUCACCUUCUGUGUGAAAACUCACGACCGUCUGUACUUCAUGGUGGCCCCCACGCCAGAGGCCAUGCGUAUCUGGAUGGACGUCAUCGUGACGGGGGCGGAGGGCUACACACAGUUCAUGAGCUGAGAGACUGGGGGACCCCAAACUCUCCUCCUUUUUCUUCCCCCACCACCUCCCCCCCCACACACACAGACACACACACCACAACCCCCCAUACCCAGUCUCGCUCUCUCUCUCGGAUUGUUCGAACUCACCUGCUCUGUCCUACAUCGGAGACACACACGGACUGGAAGCCUCUCUCUAAGUGUGUGUGUCUGACUCUCUCUUUCUCCUGAAAACUCUGUCCUCAAGACUGAGAGACUAAACGACGUGGGACGAAGGAAGGAAUUUGGAGAGAAUUCUCCCAGGAAAGCCUUGUGAUGACGAAACAAAAAAAGCCUUUCUCUCUCUCCCUCACCCCCAUCCAUCCACACCCUCUACCCUC